UAUCGCCUGAAGCCGAGUCAAGUCUGCACUAUAAAUAGCUGCUGCUGCCUCGGCAUCAGUGUGAGAGUGUCGUCAGUAGAGUCAGGGAGCUGGCCAAGUGUGUAGGAACUGGGAUUACUGUCAGCGUUAAUUAGGAGACAAUGGAAGAUUAUGAAAGUUUGCAGUUUGUUCCCUUCCGCACCAUCCACAACAAGCCUGAUCCAUUCAGCACCAUCAGAGCCAACUGCUGGAUUGGUAAUCUGCCGGUGGAGGUCAAGCUGACAAAACACGAGAAGCAUGUGUCCAAGAUGCUCAACCCUUACCUGUACACGAUUGAGGUAAAGCAUGGAGACUUUGAGUGGACGGUGAAGCGGAGAUACAAACACUUCCGCCAACUGCACGACGCCCUAACGCUGUACCGGGCCAGAUACAGACUGCCUAUACCUAAGAAAGAAUAUGUCGGAUCGUGGACUCCCUUGCUCAGGUAUCGAGAAAGACGCAAGACUAUGAAACAGGACCACCGCGUCAGCGUCCGCUUCCCCCUCAGACCUGACUACCUCGUCAGUGAAAACAACAUCCAAGACCGCAUGACCCAGCUGGAGAAGUACCUGUGCAGCCUCCUCAAGUGCAAGUCGUUCAAGAACCACUCCGAGACUAUGCGUUUCUUUGAAGUGAGUCCUCUGUCCUUCAUCAACAAGCUUGGUCGCAAGGGGAAGGAGGGUUUGAUCAAGAAGUGUUCCGGCGGGCGUAGGAUUAACAUUGGUUGUUGUGGUUGCCUCAGCAAAGUCCACCUGGCCGGGACUUGGAAUAGAAGGUGGCUUGUGAUCAAGGACAAUUUCGUGGCCUACAUCCGACCUGAAGAUGGCGCCGUCAGUGAUGUCAUGUUGAUGGACUCAGAGUUCAACGUUCAGUGUGGGAUGGCAUCAACAGGUGCCCCGCAUGGCGUUCUCAUCUCGAAUCUCAACAGGUACAUACAGGAAGCUACUGAUCAAGUGGUUGACGUCCGCAAAGCCCGGGUGGAAGGAGUGCCUGGAGGACCGGGCCUUUUUCCACAGCCCGUGAUUAGCACCCAGGUGAACCGCUUCCAGUCCUACGCCCCUCUCAGGGAGGAUUCCUAUGCCAGAUGGUUUGUGGAUGCAUCCUCCUACUUUGAAGCUGUUGCCGAUGCUCUAGAGAAGGCCAAGGAGGAGAUCUUCAUAGCUGACUGGUGGUUGAGUCCAGAGAUCUACAUGAAGCGACCGAUGUCAGAAGGUGACAAAUGGAGGCUGGAUGUCAUCCUGCAGAGGAAAGCAGAGAUGGGGGUGAAGGUGUACAUUCUGCUGUACAAGGAAGUGGAGCUGGCCCUGCAGAUCAACAGCAGAUACAGCAAACACAUCCUCAUGAACAGGAACACAGAGAACAUCAGGGUUCUACGCCAUCCUGAUCAUGGCGCCAACGGUGUAUUGUUGUGGGCACAUCACGAGAAGUUGGUGGUCAUUGACCAAUCAGUGGCCUUCCUGGGAGGAAUAGAUCUCUGCUAUGGUCGUUGGGAUGAUGAGAAACACAGACUGAAGGACCUUGGCUCAGUAGAUCUGAUGCAGACUUCCUCUGAUGUGAAUGCCUCCUGCGUCAGCAUCCGUCCGGAGGAGUCGGCUGUCACAGAUACCACAGAGUUACACAAUAAUGAAACUCACCAAGGGACGCAACUCUGUGCAGCGAAAUUAAAAAAGUCUUAUGCCAUGGAUACAGGAGAUGUUAUAGUGCCUGAAACUGUUCAGCAUGUUAAUGCAAGACAAAGAAAUAGCGCCAGCAGUGACACUUCCAACAGAUCUCAUAAUUCCGAGACAGAACUGAUUAGUGGCGAACAGAGAAGUGCUCAAGAUAAAGCAAUCGGGAAAACUGGCACUGAUGUCCCGGAUAUGCUCAGUACAGCAGUCAGGUUAAAAGCCGUCCACAAGUUGAUGGGAGCAGAACAGAAUAACAACAAGGGAAGUUCACAUGACAGGGACGAACCACCUGGAAGCCCUACCAGCAACCCUAGUGCUCGGAGAAGAUGGAAGAUGGUGUUUCAUGUGCAGAAGUUUGAAUCAGUUGUCCGAAAAAAUCAAGUCCCUGAAAGAAUACCCAGAGAGCUGUUGAUGGGCGAUACAAAGAAAAAGCGAAAACAUUUUCUUAUGAGCAAAUUUCGUGAAAGAGCAGGAAGCUUUGACCUUCGCAUGGAGCUGCCGCCUGACAUCCAGAGGACGAAGAGUGAGCAGGACAUAGCAGAGAAAGGACUCCAAGGGUCGUCCAGGCUGUGGAUCGGGAAGGACUACGUCAACUUCAUCCAUAAGGACUUUGUGGAACUCCACUCCCCAUAUGCAGAUUUCAUUGACCGCAACGUCACCCCUCGCAUGCCGUGGCACGACAUCGGCGCUGUUGUGUACGGGAAGGGCGCCCGGGAUAUAGCUAGGCAUUUUAUUGCCAGGUGGAAUUUUACAAAGCUGGCUAAAUGUAAGAAGAAUAACAAUUUCCCUCUGCUUCUGCCAAAAAACAAUGUCAAGUGUCACAUCCCUCAGUCAAUCAAGAACAUCACCUUUAAUGUCAAAACACAGAUACUACGGAGCACAUCAGGCUGGUCAGCAGGGAUUGAAGCGAUAGAGAACUCCAUCCAAGAAGCCUACAUCCACUGUAUAGAGAACUCCAAACACUACAUAUACAUCGAGAACCAGUUCUUCAUAACACAAAUAGACAACUCAUCCUCAGUGUCCAAUGAUGUGGGAAACGCGCUGUACAAGCGGAUACUCCGUGCCUAUCGGGCGGGGGAGAUGUUCCGCGUGUAUGUGAUGAUGCCGUUACUGCCAGCCUUCGAGGGAGAGUUUGGAACACCAGGGGGCACUGCCCUGCAAGCUGUCACUCACUGGAACUACUCAUCUAUAUGCAGGGGAGGCAACUCUCUCAUAGAGAAACUCAGCAAAGAAGUGCCUGACCCUAUGCAGUAUAUCAUCUUCAAUGGGCUGCGAACCCAUGACGAGCUCAACGGUAAACGAAUCACUGAGCUCGUGUAUGUACACAGUAAGCUGAUGAUCGUUGAUGACGACACUGUCAUCAUCGGCUCAGCCAACAUCAACGACAGGAGCAUGCUGGGAAAGAGGGACAGCGAGAUGGCAGUGAUGGUGGAGGACCUCCCAAAGAACAAGUUCGAGAUCUCGUUUGGGGAUCGGAAGCACAUGGCGGGCAAGUUUGCCUCCUCCCUCAGAAGGACCCUGUUCAAUGAGCACCUGGGGCUGGGAGAUGCUGGCUAUGAGGUGGAUGACAUUGUCUCGGACUCCUUCUACAAGGGUGAAUGGAUCCACAGGGCCAGCAUCAACACCACCAUGUAUGACAAGGUGUUCAACUGCAUUCCAUGCGACAGUGUCCACAGCUUGACAGACCUCAAGAAAUUCCAGGCUGAGAAACCUCUUGUAGAAACCAACCAAUCAGAAGCUGAGGAAAUGCUAAAGAAGGUCAAAGGUUAUGUUGUCCUCAUGCCACUGAACUUUCUGAAGUAUGAAAACCUGGCACCGAAAGUGGGAACAAAGGAGGCCAUUUUGCCUUCUUAUCUGUGGACAUGAUGCAGGAAACAGCAGGAUAGAUGAUGGAGCAAGUGUCAUCGGUCAUUGGCACUUGCUAGGACAACUUUGUGACAUGCAGAAGACGGAGGGCGUGGUGGAUGGCCAGUGGUGACAGUGUCAGCUUGGUAACAGGUUG